AUGUUCAAACCCACGCAGCCAAUGAUGGUGCGUUUGCGCCUGACUACCAAGCAGGUCAAUGGUGGCUACUACAAGGGAAACCGGACCGGCUCGAUGGGUCACUUCGACAAGAGAGGCACAUACAGGCCCGAUAUGUCAAAGCACCGUGUUUAUAUGCCCGCGGAAAACCUCGAAAUUCCUGGGAGACGCUACACCCCCGAGACUGCGAAGGAGCCAUUCUUGCUCGGUCCCUUCGUCACAAAACACAUGCGCAGGACACCUUCGAACUACGUUCAAGAUAUCGAGAGAAAUGGCCGACGGAUUACUGUGAUCAGAGGAUUUGAGGGCAAAGACUAUUUGGAGAAGUGGGCCGAGACCGCUGAAGCCGAAGAGGCCCGACUAGCACAACCGUACCCCGAGAAUAUCAAGAAGAUUGAGACCAAGCCGACCAAGCCGGCCCCGCAGAUUCAGCAGGCUGAGCAGAUUAAGAACCAAGAACUGGCUCAAACGCCCAAGACAUCUACGCCCACGCCCGGCAAGUUCCUUUUCUAG